AUGAUUCAGUCACUGUUCAUCAUGAGCAAAACGGGGGAGGUGAUGAUCGAGAAGCACUGGAGAGGCAUCACGCCAAGGAACGUGUGCGACUUCUUCUGGGACGAGGUCAAUCGCCACGACGUGCCAGAGGCUGUGCCUCCCAUACUGCAGACGUCGAAGCACAACCUUAUCCACGUGUAUCGAGACGACGUGUUCCUGCUGGCGACGUGCACCGAAGACGUCAGCACGCUUGGGGUUAUCGAGUUCCUGCACCGCGUGCUGGACAUCAUGGGCGACUACUUCGGGGGCAACGUUGACGAGAGCGCGAUCAAGGAGUCCUUCAGCCUGGUGUACCAGCUGCUGGAAGAGAUGAUGGACAACGGACACCCCCUGACCACGGAGCCCAACGCCCUGAAGGCGAUGAUACGGCCGCCCACGACCUUCGUUCGCAUGGUCACGGCGGCAACUGGCAAGAGUAACGUGUCGGACGUGCUGCCCGAUGGCACUGUGUCGGCCAUGCCUUGGAGAAAGGCGGGCGUCAAGUACUCUCAGAACGAAGUCUACCUGGACAUCAUCGAGGAGCUGGAUGCCAUCCUCAACGUCAAUGGUCAGAUCGUAUCCUCUGAGGUGUCGGGCACCAUCCAGGCAAACUCUAGGCUCAGCGGAAUUCCCGACAUGCUUUUGGUCUUCCAGGAUCCUUCGGUGAUCGACGACUGCUCGUUCCACCCCUGCGUGCGGUACGGCCGCUUCGAGAAGGACCGCGUGGUCAGCUUCGUGCCGCCGGACGGGCACUUCGAGCUCAUGCGCUACCGCGUCAGAGAUCACCUCCAGAUGAACGUGACUCCACCCGUGUAUUGUAACCCCACGAUAUCGUACGAAGAUGACUACGGGUCGAGUCAGGGUCACAUCCACAUCGCCGUCGGGCACCGGCACGGGUCCUCGCUCAAGUUUCCUCCAAGAAAAGGCUCGAUGGUCGUCGAAGAUGUGACAGUGACGGUGCAGUUCCCGAAGGUGGUUCGAACGGCAGACUUGCACGUCUCCUCGGGCACGUGUCUGUUCGACGAGGCAUUAAAGGUGGCGAAGUGGAACCUGGGCAAGCUGUUCAAGGACAAGUCGGCGACGAUGACGGGGACUUUGAGUAUCCAGGGGCCCAAGCCGGAGGAGAGCCCACCGGUGCAGCUCUCUUGGAAGGUGCCGAUGGCGUCGGUUUCGGGGUUAGCUAUCACGUCGCUCCAGGUCUUCAACGAGAAGUACAGGCCGUACAAGGGGGUGCGAACCUUGACGAAGUCGGGGAAGAACUUCCAAGUGCGAACAGGCUGA